CCCUUCCGGGUGCGCGGCUGCGUCCUGACCCUGGUGGAGCGCAUGGACGAGGAGUUCACCAAGAUCAUGCAGAACACCGACCCCCACUCCCAGGAGUACGUGGAGCACCUGAAGGACGAGGGCCGCGUGUGCGCCAUCAUCGCGCGGCUGCAGCGCUACCUGCAGGGCAAGGGCAGCCCCGAGGAGCUGUGCCGCGUCUACCUGCGCCGCGUCCUCCACACCUACUACAAGUUCGACUACGGCGCCGCCCGCAGGAAGGGCGGGGCAGCGCAGCCCAGGGACGGCCAGGUGAGGGACGGCCAGGUGAGGGACGACGGGCAGGAGAAGCAGGACGGCCAGGAGAAGGACGGCCAGGAGAAGGACGGACAGGCGGACGGACAGGCGGACGGGCAGGUGAAGGACGGGCAGGUGAAGAAGGAGGAGGAGGAGGAAGAGGAGGAAGAUUCGGAGGCGUUGAUGGAGAGGCUGUGCAGGUUCGUGUACGCCAAGGACCGCACGGACCGGAUCCGCACCUGCGCCAUCCUGUGCCACAUCUACCACCACGCCCUGCACAGCCGCUGGUACCGCGCCCGCGACCUGAUGCUGAUGUCACACCUGCAGGACAACAUCCAGCACGCCGACCCGCCCGUGCAGAUCCUGUACAACCGCACCAUGGUGCAGCUGGGCAUCUGCGCCUUCCGCCAGGGGCUGAUCAAGGACGCGCACAACGCGCUGCUGGACAUCCAGAGCUCGGGCCGCGCCAAGGAGCUGCUGGGCCAGGGGCUGCUGCUGCGCAGCCUGCAGGAGCGCAACGCCGAGCAGGAGAAGGUGGAGAAGCGCCGCCAGGUGCCCUUCCACAUGCACGUCAACCUGGAGCUGCUCGAGUGCGUCUACCUGGUGGCGGCCAUGCUGCUGGAGAUCCCCUACAUGGCGGCGCACGAGUUCGACGCCCGCCGCAGGAUGAUCAGCAAGCAGUUCCACCACCAGCUGCGCGUGGGCGAGCGCCAGCCGCUCCUGGGUCCCCCCGAGUCCAUGCGGGAGCACGUGGUGGCCGCCUCCAAGGCCAUGAAGACGGGCGACUGGCGCCGCUGCCACCGCUUCGUGGUCAACGAGAAGAUGAACGGCAAGGUGUGGGACCUGUUCCCCGAGGCCGACCAGGUGCGCGCCAUGCUCGUCAGGAAGAUCCAGGAGGAGUCGCUGCGCACGUACCUGUUCACCUACAGCAGCGUCUACGACUCCAUCAGCAUGGAGACGCUGGCGGCCAUGUUUGAGCUGGACCUGCCCACGGUGCACGGCAUCAUCAGCAAGAUGAUCAUCAACGAGGAGCUGAUGGCCUCGCUGGACCAGCCCACGGCCACGGUGAUGAUGCACCGGACGGAGCCGACGGCCACGCAGAACCUGGCGCUGCAGCUGGCCGAGAAGCUGGGCAACCUGGUGGAGAACAACGAGCGCGUGCUGGACCAGCGGCAGGGCGCCUACGGGGGGUACUUCAGAGACCAGAAAGAUGGCGGAUACCGCAAGGGCGACGGGUACCUGAGGCGCGGCGGCUUCCGGCAGGAGCGCAGCAACUACUGACCCGCACCUGGCCCACGGCGGGACCCUCAGCUGCCCCACGGAGCCCUCACCUGCCCCAUAGAUCCAUCACCUGCCCCAUAGAACCCUCACCUGAGCUACAAAUCCCUCAUCGGGCAAAGAGUCAUCACCUGCCCCACAGGGGCCUUACCUGCCCCGUAGAUCCCUCACCCGCUCCAUCGAGGGCCCGGCAGCUGGAAAUUAAUAAAUUAAUUAAUAAAGACUGCGUUAAUGA